AUGCCCAGACCGCCCGCCUCGCCCUCACCUCCGCCGGCGAACUUCCCUUACACUACGGGCAGCUUUGACUUUCCUCAUGCAUCCACAUCUCCUUCGCACCCAGAGGGUACUAGCGCUGCUGAGAAUACUCUACAUUCACUGAGCCGAGCAAUGGCCCAGACUUCAGCUAUCGUACAUGAUGCGGCCACCGUGCCCAGGCACAUGGCUAGGCGCACGAGUACGUCUAUCAGCAGACGUGGUCCACUACACCGGAUAUUUGGGCCUCCACGGGACAGCGAAGCGGCAGACAAUCUGUCGAGGCGGCCCCCUACAGCGAACCCCAACCGUCCCCGCGCCACACCCAGCGAACGCUACCUCCGCCGCUCCCAGGCCCGCGUACGAGAGCAGCGCGCUGCUGACAUGGACGCUGCUACCCAUCUCCUCGAUUCCCUAAGCGAUAUACCGAUCAACAACCCAUUCGCCCUCUCAAAUCCCAAUGCCCGUCGACGCAGCCCUGCCGUCGAAGUCAGUAGCGAGCGCAGGAAUAAGCGAAGGAAGCUCGAGCAUGACCCGAAUGCGACUCCAGAGUAUACCUGCUUCAAGUAUGGUCACAAAGGCCAAGUUGUGCCUGGUCGCCUGAGGAUGGAGAUUGUGAGCUGUGAUGGCGGUGAACAUCGCAAAGACAAUCCACCAGGGCUGUACAAGGUUCAAAACGUGCUGAGGAACGACAAAAGCGUAUAUUGCAGUGAAAGCUCACAGUGCAAUCUUCUACUGAAACAUAUCGGCGAAGCGUCUUUUGCUCUAGAAAAGGUCGUUAUUCGGGCACCGGACCGUGGCUUUACGGCUCCUGUUCAAGAAGGUCUUGUAUUUGUCUCCAUGUCUGCAGAUGAACUUCUCUCUGGCACAUCAGCCUAUAGCCUACAAUACGGCACCCAUUCUCCGUUCAUGACCCCUACACCCACCUCCCAGGGCGACGACGAUCAGCAGCUGUCACUAAGAGAAGCGAUUGCAGAUCCGGCGAUAUGGCAGCACUCUCGUCAAGGAACCCACGCAGACAUGCAGGAACGUAUCGAAAACCUCAGGCUCCGCAGCGAAAGGUUGAAUGCAGAAUCGGCAAACUUGAUAUCGUCCUUACGCUCUGACUCUGAGCGACGCAGAAUCCUUCGCCAGAUGGUUGAGAACGAAGAUGAAGCAGAUAUUGACAAUUGUGAUCACGCAGCGGAGGAUUCGCAUGCAGGCGCUGCCGGAGUAUCUGCACCCACUCCGCCUCCAUUCACAGUGACGACUGCGAGCGAAGAAGAAGAGUCGGACUCCAACGAGGAGCUGCCUAGCGCAGCUAUUAUGGCUGAUCGGCUACGAAGGGAGAGCCGGUGGCGCCCGGACAGCGACGACGAGGAAGAUGAGAUUAUGCCUCGUCUUAGCCCGCUGCGACGAGCACCUGCGUUGGACUAUACCACUUACGGCGAGUGGCGGGAACGGAGGGAGCGCUAUCUAGAGCCCAUUCGCGCGGCUCGCGUGGGCGCACCAAGUCGAAUAGAACCUUCUGAGCCUGCACCCGAUGCCGAAACCCUGAUUUCGCCGCAUGCAAGGUUCUUCAUUGCGAAGAACAAGAACAAAAUAACGAUCAAGUUUCACCCAGCGAUCUCUGGAAAGCACGUUCUACUCAAGUUCUGGAGUCCAAAGCAUGAUGGUAACAUCGAUAUCGAGAGUGUACAGUUCUACGGCUAUUCAGGCCCUCGCUAUUUUCCGGCGAUGCAACCCCGGUAAAUAGAAUAAAGCAUUUACACAUGCUUCUCCUUAUGCAUACCUGCACGAGUAUUGAUGGCGAGUUGGUACGACUUGUCAACUGGCAUGUUGCAUAUCAAUAGAGAUACCCAAAUAACAAAGAUUUGUUGGUCACUGCAGGUUGAGGUUGUGGUUACGGAUGGUACUGAUUAGUGUAGCGAUCCAGCCCUGAUAUAUUGCUUGUCCCUC